CCUUGGCUGACUCGAGUACUGAUAACGGAACUGCUGUGGGGCAAAAAGCAUCUGCAUGGUCCAUCUAAACCAAUUCAAACCAUCCUAUCAAAUAAGAGAGAAUCUGUAGCAGAAGCAUCUCUUCAUGGUACUGAUUAUCCACAACUGCAAGAUAUUGUCUAGUCGGCAGAGAAAGCAAAAUAGGAAAGGAACGUUGAAGGAUCGUGACAGAUCCUGUCGUUCGCAGAAUAUUUCUUACAUUAAGAACGAUAAGAACAUGAGUUUGCUAAUUGUCCUGGGCACACUGUUGCUGUAUAGCAUUGCCAUGUUCACAUUGCCAUUUGCCGCCUUCUUUGGUGUACGGCAUUACAUGAGAAUAGAACUUCAAACAGAUACUUUUACAACUAAUUGCAUCUCAGUGUUGGCUGCUGUGGUUACAGUGAACUUGAUUAUCUCCUGCUAUGCCUAUCAGGCUCUACAUGAGACAGUUGAGGAAAAGGAGAAUAAUGAAGAGGAAAAUAGGGUUGAGGCUAGGGAGAGUUUGAAUAAAAAGGACCUUUAAUAGUAUUUGCUUUAAUUUUGCAUAUGAAAAUUUAUAUGCCAUUUAUAAAAGCAGCUUAUUAUAACUUGAAUACAUUUCUAUAUAUAUAUAUGAUUCAUUUCUAUAUAAUUAAUAUGUGAAAAGGAAGAAGAAAAAAGACUAAGAGAUAAAUAGAAUCCAAAGAGGAUUGAAUAAGAUUUGAUUUAGGAUUACUUUCUUUGAGGAAUUUUACAAAGCAUUUAUAAUAUAAUUAUGAAUAUACUUUUUUUUUUUAUUAUUUAAGCAAAGCAUUUUUGUGCAAUUUAUAAAUGAAAAGAUUAAAAGAAGCGUAUAAAAAGGCAAAUGUAUGUGUGUGUUGUGAAAAAACCUAAUGUUUCAGAGUGAUAUUUCGCAUUUCGUUAAAAAUUCUUAAAAAUUGUGGUUGGAAAUGAAUUUUUCUUACAUAAAAACAUUUAAUAAUGUAUACAUAAUGUAAAAUAAUAAUAAGUGAAUAAAUUCCCUUCGCAGGG